AUGCUCUGCAGGCUGCGGGUGGGAGCACUUCUCGCGGGCGAGGCCCUGCGCCCCGAGGCGCUGCUCUCGCAGCGGCGACGACUCAACAUGAACCGCAGCGUGCAGACGCGGUGGGAAGCGGAGAAUCAGGCAGCGUCGCAGCGGCGCACCGACUACGACUUCGACAAGGAGCAGUGGUCGAAGCAGAUGCGGUUUGCGUCGAUGGACUGCAUCAUGGACCCCGACAUCACCCCCAUCCGCUACACGACGAUCGCCGGCCUCAAGAAGGCGUUUCGCCGUUUCAUGACGAUGCGGAAGCUCGUCGAGCGCCGCCCCGACUUCAACCCGGCGUCGCUGCAGAAGCUGUUCGUGCAGCUAAAGAAGACCUCGCACUCGCUCAACCCGGAGGACCUGAAGGUGCUGCAGCGCGUCACGACGCACGGGGAGGCGAGUCGUAUCGGCAAGGAGAUCAAGCUAGGAAUGAAUGAGGAGUUCUCCAGGAAGAGCUGGAAGGCCCUCAAGAUGCAGGCGGUGAGUAACACGUACCAGAUUGAGCUCGACUCCUUCCAGCUGGUCAACUGCUACAUGGGGCAGAUGGCGCAGGAGGACUGGUUGCAGAUCACCUACAAGUGUGAGUAUCGCGAGCGUCCAGGCGAGGCUGCGGAGUGGCAGAGCAUGUGCGAGUACCCCGUCUUUGAGGUUCGCCUCGGCGACGGCGUACAGUCGCCCAACACACACGCGUUCAUCGUCGUCGGGGUCAUGCGGAAGGACGGCACACGUUACGGAAAGGACUCGCAGGAUGCCGCUGCCCUGCGUAAGCAGUUUGACCGCACUGGCAAGUGGUUCUAA